AUGGCCGAAGGAGUUGCAAUUAUUGGUGCGGGUCUCUCAGGCCUGACCUUGGCGCUGGCAUUGCACCAACAAGGCAUUACACCCGCGGUCUACGAAUCGUGGCAAGGCCCUCUCAAAAUUGGUGGUGCCACGUCCGUCAAAGUGGGUUCAAUUUUGAUGAGUCGGAGAUUCAAACCGCCGACGGCGACUUUGCUUGAGGUCUAUGAACUUGGCAACAAGGAAAAAUAUGGAUAUCCAGCAAAUCGAAUUUACCGGUACGAGCUUAUUGAUCUCAUUUUGAGCAAAGUUCAUGCGGAGGACAUCCGUGUCGUCUAUGGACACAAGUUCUCGCAUGUUGUGGAGGAGACGGCCGAUUACAUCACAUGGCAGACCGAAGACGGACAAAUGCUAAGGGCCUCAUGUCUGGUUGGCGCCGAUGGCAUUCACUCAUCCGUCCGCAAAUAUCUCUACCCACACCUGGUACCCAAGUUCACAAACAUGGCCGGCAUAAAUGCCAGCGUGCCGUCGGUCCCUGUGACACACUUUGGCAAGAAGAUCUCUAAAGCUUUGACUAUCAUUGCCCGAGGUGUUGGAGCAUUCAUUGUGGCUCCUCAGAAGGUCGAUGGCUCAGAGUUAUUCAUUGGCAAGCAGAGACGGAUGGAAGAACUGAGUCGGGAGGGGUGGGAGGAUUUCCUUGCCGAUAAGGAAUCGUUGGUCACCUUCCUGCAAGAAGACGCUCAGGUGUUUGGAGACAUCGCGGUCACUUCAACCAAAAUUAUUGAUGUGACAAGGAUGAUUGUGUGGCCGUUUUACCUUGUACCCGAGCUCGACAGAUGGUCUUCUGUAAACAGACGAGUGGUGAUAUUAGGGGAUGCCGCGCACGCCAUACCUCCAUCCGCAGGUCUGGGCAUUAGUCAAGCGUUUGAGGAUGUCUAUGCCUUUGCACUCCUGCUAGCUGCAUCGAAAAAGGGUAUGGUAAGUUUCGAGGCAUCGCUGACCUUUUGGCAAGACUAUCGCCAGGCACGAGUCGAUAAGGAACUGGAGUUGAACAAACAGGUGGACCUGAGGAGGCUACCACCGAACCAGGCUGCUGGAUCUGACACACAAAAGAUUGCAAAGGAAGACCUCGAAUUUACCUGGCUGUAUUCGCCAAGUUUGAAAGCUGACGUCGAUGGCUGGAUCAAGAGCGUGGCAAGUGACAAUACCUGAUAUGUACUUCUAAGCUUGCUGCUUAGUUAAGGUCGUUGAACCUACAGCACCUCAGAGUCACACGAUGGCGGUGAGUAAUUCGAUGCCUAUUGUCAUGGCUUUGUUAUGAAUUUGUGAUGCACAUCCUUGUGAGAGGUCAAAUGCAGUCGAGUUGAGCACAGUCAGUCCUUACAUGUGUCUCCAGGUAAAU